GCCAGAGGUCGUGUCACAGAAACAAAAAGAUGCCUCUUCCUUUCAAUCCUUACACGGCUGUCCUACGCAUUCGAAAGGUGGAAAUACCUGGAGUAAUUUUGCUUCUGUUGGUAACGGUUUAUUUGAUAACUUUAUUGCUGACGAAUGAGUGGAACCCAGGCGAAGUAUGGUUUGUACAUGUUAAAAUACAUGUAUUUAUUUAAUAACUAAAUCUGAGAAAAGGCUCCUUCAGCGCAAAGCAACCUCUUCACAUAAGAAAUAGCAGUGGCGACCAACGACCGAAUGCUUCCAAAUACACCAGAAGUGUCUCAGAUGGUUUUUCUCUGUGCUUUAGAAGCCUGAAGUCUUUAUACCGAAAGUUUUAGGAGACAUUUUUUUAACAAGAAUUGUUUUGUUUUGGAAUUUUAAAUUUUAGGAAUAUAAUUAGGGCCGUGGAUUACCUGUAAACUAGCUGAUAGCUAAGCGUAAUAUCCACGUUAAAUAAAGUAUCGUAUCGUCGUAUCGUAUCGUAAAACACAACCUUCGAAAAUCGUAUUUAAGCUGUUAGAAAGACUGAAUAUUUUAGACGAAGGGAAAGGUUAUCCAGAAAUUUUUAGCUUUUCUCAAGAUUAAGAAAUCUCUAGGCAAUAUUUGCUCCUUCGAACAGUUAUUUUACAGAAUAAUGAUUUCAGAAUAAUGAUUUCAAGCGACCGGUGUAGAAGUGUUGACGGGGACCUAAGGAACAUUAUGUUUAAUGUUGUCGGCCCUUCUGUAACGUGUGCAGCGGGUAUUUAAGGAGCACUGAAAAAUGGCCCAUUGAACUUUACAUGAAAACGAGGCUAAAGCUUGGACAUGCUUAAAACAACUGCUGUUCAAUCACGCUCUUUUCUGUAAAUGUAAAACUAAUAUUUCAUAAGAUAUCUAGGAAUCUUAAAUUACCUCUAGUGCCUUGGUAAUAGUUGAAAAUCCGAAUUUUUAGUUCAAAAGAAGCCAGUUGCUUCAGAUGAAAGAGUAAUCUCUUGGAAUAUCAACGUAGGAGAACAACUAAUUUGUCCUGCCAAAAAAAUGUGGACAUUUCUCGUUUUUUUCAGGUCUUAAAAUGUCAGGUAUAAACUAGAUUGCUUUUAUAAUAAAAUAAAAAUAAAAUAAUUUAUUGCAGGUGCUAAUACAUAUUCCAAUUUUCUUGUUUGGUGUUGAGUGUUGGCGCAUGAACAUCUGCGAUAUAUAUUGCCGUUUUAUGUCUUUUAUCAAUGCUAAAUGUCGAGUUCUACAGAGACUGGAGAGGUCAAAGACCUCAAUUUAAGUUUGUGUAUUAUUUGUCGACAAAUUAAGCCAAAUGAACGACUUGUCAUGACAGAGAAUUGGGGUACAUACAAGAACGAGCGUCUUACGGACCAUUUAGAAUUUUUCAAAAGUUGGUCAAAAUUAAAAACGUUCACAGCUCAAAAGCUUAAGGAUAAAGGAGCGUCGUGGUACACACAGUGUUCAAGUGGUAUAAGGACACCAUCCAUACGGGAAUGUUCAGGCGAGAAGGAGAACGGAACGAGAGAGAUUUGGCUAGGCCUAAUGAAACAAGACAGAAGAUUUCAAACGUGGCACCAGAGAAAAUACCGCUGCUAGCUGCUAAUAAGAUCUAAAACAUCACCAUUUGACAAAGAUAGGUUCUUCUUUUGUGACGGCAGUGAGUUUUGAGGGAAAGCCCUUUUUUCCGUCUCCAAUCUUCCUAUUACCCAGUCCUUACGGACCAAAAAAUUCUGGAAAAGACCGGCUCCGUGUAAAACUGAGUACAUCAUUAGACACGAGUGAUGAACAAGAUUCUGGCAUCAGGUAUCAUACGGUCUGUUGGGUGAAUAACGUCGCAAAUGUAUUGCGCCAGCCUGACCCGGGAACUACUUCGAACAAUGAUGCAUCGAUAACCAAGAAGGCGGCUCAAACAGAGUUUUUACCAAUGACAGAGAUCAACUUAAGAGAAGGCAAGAUAUUGACUAAGUGUGAUUUACAAGCGGCAUAUGAGAGUAUUCUUCAAGCAAACAACCAAUGUCAAUGAGCCCGUAUGCAAUCAAAAAACGCUAAAACAGUUUAUUCAAUUUCACCGACCACCAAAAGCUAACCAAACGGCGACUCAGCAUUAAGAAGACGCGGGAAGCCGCCAUUCAACUAGUAAAAAAAGAAAAGUACUGACGGUCCAAAACAAAUGAAGUAGUGUUUGACGAAGCACUAGCUCUUGUUACGGAGGGCAUGCCAGAAGAAGCACCUUAUAUCCUAGGGCAAACAGGAAUGGAUCGGGCUGUGACCUUUCCUCCGUUUCAUACCCACAAUACUGCAAGUCAACUUCUUAAAAACUGUGCCCCGAUACCCAAGAUCGCUCAGCUGGGUAAGGCCUUUGAAGAAGACUUGUUGAAAUGUUUAAUUACGAUUUCCCAGGGCCUCUAUCCGAUCUCAUGCACGAUCUCAAAAAGCCAGUAUCUAUAGCUAAUACAUAUCUACGAGGAAAGUAAUUCCGAUUUUUAAAUUAGAGCUCUUGGUCGGAAUAGUGUUAACGGGCAGGUAUUACAUUGGCCUGAAAUUUAGCCUGCUUAGCAGGCGCUUGUUGCUGGUUUUCAUAUGACGUCACUGAAAUUCAAACUACAAAACUAUCGAUCGUACCGAGAUUUUACUUUCACGAUGUAUUAGAGCAGCUGCAAACUAAUUUUCAUACAAAUUUUCGCCUCAAAAGGGUUCUUGGUUUUGUGAUAGAGUACGCUUGAAUUUCUAAGCUUUUGCGUGACGCGGCAUUUACAUGACGGCCAAGGGAGCUGUCAUGUAGGUUAAAAGAAUGACGUAUUUCAGGGAAUUUUUCUAUCUAAACAGUUCAUGUAUUAGAAAAAGUAUUACUUUAAUGUUUAUGAGUUCUUCGAAGAAUAAAUUCACGCUUUUGUAGCAAAACUCGGUAACAGAUGUUUCCGUUGGUUUCCAUCCGCCAUAUUGGAGCUCAUCCGGAUGAGCACCAGCAUGGCGUCUCCAUACAAAUCUCUCUAAAUUUGGGUAAAACGUUUCUCCGAAUCUCGUAUACGAAAUAUUCCUCUGACCUGAACCUUGGCGAGGGUCUUUGCAUAUUUACUUCCUUUCAUUUCCCAGAUUCUGGACUUUAUCUAUUGAACGGUUUUGAUUUUUAUUUUGAUCUAUUUUGAAUGGCGUGACACUGAAAACCAGCAAUAAAUAAUAUGGGCGAAAGAAAGAACGGGUCAGAAACGGGACUCUCAGAGGGGAACACGCUCCCUCUCACGUCGCGCGCCUUUUUCUUUCUUGCACCCAUGUUACUUACAAGUGUUUGCUACGCUAGGCUCAGUCUCCAGCCGUGGGUGUUUCGAUGCGCCUGCGGUACUCCCCACCAGGCUGGAGACUAAGGCUCCUGCUACGCAAGCUACCUGAAAUUGACUCGCUCGUGCAUGGGACCUUUUGACAUACUAAGCCGUAUGGGAAUAAGGGAGAACAUUCAAUGAAGUAGACAGAUACUCUGAAUAUUUUAUCUAGAGGUGAAGCGGAUAAACCUUCAAAACUCUACAAUGUAAUCUAGAAAAAAAAAUUACCUAAUAAAAUCGUCUGAUAUACCUUACUGUAAAAACACUAUUCUUUUUAGUCUUUUCGUUUUGGCAACGGUCAACGUGAUAUCUUCGGCUGUUUUUCAGACUAAGACAAUGACUAACACUACACUACGUCGCGUUAAUUUCUAAUGCUUUAAUUUCAUGGCGCAUUAAUUUCCUGUAAUAAGGUAACUUUGCACGUGCAUCACGCGUUUUGUACAAUUCUUAGUUGUCAUUGCUCGACGGCGACAUGAAAUGUCUUGAUCACGGGCCUGUUUUAUGGAGUAGGUGAACACGAUGAAAAAAUGUUCCUUUUCUUUCUUAACUCAGAUACGGUUCUUUUCGAUUCAACGCCAGAAAUGUCGCUAACAUUUGGCAAAUUUAAUGAAGUUGAACAAGAUCAAUGAAGUUUGAAAAAGUGCGAAUUCACGUUUUCUGUUUGUUGUCAUCCAGAUUUUGCUACCAUGGUAACGUGAAGUAACGGCUUCUCCUUUCUGCUGGGGAGUCUUCACGCUUAACGAGAUUAUAAAUCUACUCGUAGUGAAGUUUUUUUGUUGUCGCAGUGUCAAGGGUGUAUCCUUUGCGUGGGCGCAAUCUCGUGCCCAGGGCCCACCCUAGAGCUCCCCAGAGAGCUUGCUCGCAGGCUAGAUGUAGCGUUGCAGUUGUGUUUAUUUACCCUUGCAAGACAAAUUUUACUACCGUCCCCGACCCGCUAGAAUUGCAAAUUUUGCUCCAAGACCAAACUGCAACGGAGAUUCUUUUCCAGUCCUAUGCCGCGACUACCAGGAUAGAUUGCAUGACCUGAUUGGCUUGCAUAUCACAUUACGUCAGAGGACAUGUUCACAAGAUAGGACAUAACUACAACGUUACAGCUAGAUACGUACAUCCCAUCCGGGAAAAUCGUUAGAUGAUGAUGAUGAUACCUUUAUUUGUGUCAAUCCGUAAUAGUGGGGAAUAGCCACUAAGGGGGUAGACUAAAAAAAACGUAAAAAGAAUGAAUAAAUAAAUUAGUUAAUUAAAAGAAGAAAAAACAGAAUGUUUAUGGAAUGGAAGCUUCUUUCAUGUUACAAGGAACAGAGCUCCAUACCUUUGGGUCCAUAUACAUGAGCGAGUUCUUUCCAAAGGAGACUGUGUUAAAUCUUGGUAUAGCGACUCUCCUCUUUGCAGAUGCUCCUACUGGGUAUCCAAAAAAUAGAAAGGGCGCGGGGGACGAUUCCGCGCGCUCUCUUUUUCUUUCUCCCCAGUCUCCCCACAACAGAAAGAGGCCUCUGCAGCGGAGAGGUAUAGCGAAGUCAUGAUUGCGCAAUUUAUACUUAAUUGCUGCAGGCUUAUCAAAUAGAAUGCUAAUGUAAGUAGGUCAUCUGCACGAUCAAUGAUUACUCCUGAAGCCUGAACUCCUGUGAUUAUUAAUAGUCAAUGCUCUUCAAUUAAAUGAAUUGAGCGCUCUACGAAACACGUUCUACCCAGAAUACAAGAAGGUCAUCUGCAUGCAUAUUUAAUAAUAUUCAUACACGUUAGGAGCCAGAAGUCGUGUCACAGAAACAAAAAGAUGCCUCUUUCUUUCAAUCCUUACACGGCUGUCCUACGCAUUCGAAAGGUGGAAAUACCUGGAGUAAUUUUGCUUCUGUCGAUAACGGUUUAUUUGAUAACUUUAUUGCUGACGAAUGAGUGGAACCCAGGUGAAGUAUGGUUUGUACGUGUUAAAAUACAUGUAUUUAUUUAAUAACUUAAUCUGAGAAAAGGCUCCUUCAGCGCAAAGCAACCUCUUCACAUAAGAAAUAGUAAAUAAAAAUAAUCAAAAUGACUCUGAUUAUUGGUAAAUGCUGAUGAUGAGCAGUCUAAAAGUAAAAAGUGAGUAAAGCAUAUUUUUCGUCAGAUUGAAUGUACAGAAAAGAACACUUAGAACCAGGGGCAACCAACGACGGUUUCCUCCUAAACAAGAGCAUUGAAAACACUUUUUAGACUAUCCAGAGUACUUUUAGAUCUCUACAAAUGCAUUCUAAGCGGCGCUAUAAAAUUCAGUGAAUUUGUUCGGUGAUCUUUUCCAAACUACAACAGGGGUACCCAACGACAAUUUUCGGAAAAUAUCUGUUCAUAAGACGAUUUGAGAUCUAGAAUUUUCGGAACAUUUGUUGUAAAAUUUCUUGCUUGCCUGCCUCUCCUAGGAUUUUAGAACAUCUAAAAACUACUAUAAUUGCCCAUUCAUUAACGGAUUUUUACCUUUAAAACGUCACCUAGAAUUUUCGGGAGCCUUUUUUCUGCCUGAAAUUUUCGAAAAGGUAAGUUUUGAUUCCUAUAAUUUUCGGAUCACUAGACUUUCAGCUAGGAAAUCCGAACAGAUGAAAAAUUUUUAGGGGAUAAAAAUAUGCCUAUAUCUACCGUUUUAAUCCUAAAAUAAGUUUAACAAUGCUAUGUUUAAGUGGUUUUGAACCAUAUUCUCGUUGGGUGCCCCUGACUACAAGGUCUUCAGUAUUAUUUUCCCGAAAAUUUUAAAUGCAAUUUGUAGUUUUACGAAAGCGAGCAUUUUCUGAUUCCUCUCUCCAUCGAAAAGCUCUAGAAAAUUCUAGGCAAUUUUUGCUUCUCCGAACAGAUAUUUUACAGAAAACAAUCGUUGGGUGCCUCCUAUAGAGCCAUGUAUUUCAAUCAUCAUGAUAAGGGAAAAACAACAGAAAACUUUGGUCUAUAUUUUCCGUGUGCGUUUUAAGGGAUUUCAGAAACCCUUCCAACGAAAAAAAAAUCCUCCUUGCACUUGAAAUUCAGAAGAGGAUAUCAAUUAAAAGCUUUCCAUAUUCUUCUCCAUAUUGUAAUGACUCUCCAUCAUUGAGGAAAACGGCUAAUCGUUUUCAUAUCUGUCAUGUUCAACACGAGUUCGUGAAAAAUUGGUAAUGUACACAAAAUAAAUUUAUAACAAAAAAGUCUCAAGUUAACACAUUUAUUAGACAAUUGAUUGCAUGGACGGAUUUUAUUUUAUUUUUUUCCGGUAAACUUUUAUCACACUUGACGUGCAAUUCACCUUAGUCAAGACAACCAAACCUGCCGUAGAAUAUGCUGAAAAACGAGACAAGGUAAGUUGGAGUUUCAAAGGCAACAUGGUGAGUUAUUUACAGAAUUAUAUUAAUAUCAUUACGGUGAGUUAUAAUAAGUCAUUGGUUAGCUACCAAAUCAUGAAAUUUUAAUAUUUGGCAUUCAGAAUUUGACAUUUCGAAAUUUUACGUACAGAAUAUUGAAAUUUUAAGUUUUGACAUUCUAAAAAAAAAAAAUCAAGAUUCUCCAUUACAAAUCUUGAAAUGUCUCAAGAUUUUGAAUACUAAUUAGUGCUUUAAAUACAACAUUGACAUAAAGUGCAUCUUUUUACACAAACAGGCUGAACACGGCAUGAAACAAGCAAACUAAGUCGGAUCAUUCAUUUUACGUUUCUGGGAAACUUUCCACCUACCCCUCCCCUAAACCAAAAUUUUGCCCUAAGUGAGAAGUAAGUGUUAAUGUUGGGUAGGUGGGCAAUUUCCCAGAAACACCGUAAAAUGAUCCACAAAGUAUUCUACCUACAACUCCAGCCGGUCCGUACUACCUUUCCCAUCUCUUAAUUCUUUAGUAUAGUUGAGACUUUGUCGACACGAGUCCAUUUAAAAGACAUUAAACGAUCUCGCAAACAAAACGAUUGUUAGAGAGGAUAAAAUCGUGACAGAUAAAUGUAUAUUUUGCUUGAUCUUCCCUUCUUUCUUUCUCGUCCUGUUUGCGUUUCACGAUACUGUGUGGAUCCACCCAUAGGGUGAUCCACCCAUUUUUAAUACUUUUGUGGGCGUCUUCUAGUUGUUUGUCUGUUUUUAUGUCGCAUUUUUGGCGUCCUUCACUCAUGUAGCCGAUAGUUAAAGAAGACCAAUUAGAAGCGGGACUUAACUCUUCGGAAUAAUUUGCAAGCAAAUGUUUCUUAAAUUCGUUGACUGAUACGAACUUCGGCAAGUCGCGUAUGGUAUACCGUUCAAAUUGGCCCUUGUUGGCCAAUUUGGACACCUUCAUAAAAGCUCGGAUAGUUUCUAUAGUUCACCACGUGCAACAACCACAAGAGAACAAAAUAUUAUGCAAAUGUAUAGACUAUUUUCGAUAUAUUAAAAGUCAUACUCGGCUCCAAGGGCUUGAGGUAAGAAAACAAAAGAAAUGUAUUAUUCAUUAUUGAGCCUCGAGGUGACUUCUUUUGUUUUAGUCCCUAGGCCUCGCUGCCAAGUAUGAAUUUUAAUAUAUCGGAAUUGGUCUAUUCAUUAUAUACUUAUACCCAUAAAGCCUUGGGUCUCAUAGUUAAUGGUUUAUGCUUUCAACCGACAACGUUUUUUCAAUGAGGUAUAUGAUCAAUGAGUUGUGCGUAUUUUCAUUCAGUUGUGACUAAAAUCGAUCAGUAGUCAUUAUGAUCAAAGAAAGAAAAAUUAACGCGACGUACAAAAAGAAAACGAAAGUUGUUUAAAGAACAGGGACUAAUUUAUUUAAAGUUGAUCGAAAUCCAGGAAGGAGAUAUUGAGAGUAAUAUUCUUCUCACAGUACCCUGCGAGCAGUGGUUUUUUCCAGGCCGGACGCUGGAGAAACCACUGCUCGCAGCGACCAUGAAGAUGAAAUGUUGUUACAGUAAUGAAAUUGUGAAAGAUUAAUCGGAAAUUUUAAAAGUGCGCGAAACUAAAGCUAUUCAGUUUUCUAGUUUUCUUCUAAGAAUGUCUGAAGUAGGUCGAGAAUUCUGGGCUAAAAUGAUAGACUGAAGUUAAAAUACACACAAUUGAUCGAUUUUAGUCACAACUGAAUGAAAAUACGCACAACUGAUCGAUCAUACAACAACUGAUCGAUUUUAGUCACAACUGAAUGAAAAUACGCACAACUGGUAGACUGUACAAGCCGAGUUUACGCUGAUCAAUAGUAUAGUACCCGAUAACUGUUAAAUAAUAAACUGAUUGAUUAUUAGCAAAACUGAUCGAAAUUUGAGACAGCUUACCAUGGUUGAUUACGGAUCAUAUACAUCGAUUUUACACGACGGAUUACCGAUUGAUGAUAUGCUGGCUGAUCGAUUUUAAGUAUCUGGUAGAAAAUUAGCACAAUAUAGUAAUAUUUUAAUUGAUCGAUAACUGGUCGGUAAACCCGAUCCGCAAAACUGAUUGAUUGGAGUUCAUAGUAAACUAUUAAGAGAUUGUUCUUAAUAAUGAGGAAGAAAAAGUAAUAAUGAAAGGAUCAUGAGUCCUUCUUUCUGAUUUUAAGCGCUUAUAUCCAUGAUUCAGAACAGAAAAAGAUUAAAAAUUUAUAACCAAUGAAAAAAUAAUUUCGAAACAAACGGCGCGGCAUACCCACUUACCCCUCCCCUAAGCCAACAUUAACACUUACUUCUCACCUAGGGCAAAAUGCUGGCUUAGGGGAGGGGUAGGUGGGCAGUUUCCCAAUCCGACUUUGUUUGUUUGUUUCAUGCCCUGUUCAGCCUGUUUGUGUAAAAAAAUGCACUUUAUUUGAGUGUCAAUGUUGUAUUUAAAGUACUAUAUAAUUAGGGACACUACUUGACCGCCAGUUUACACCGUUUAAGCGCCCCUACCGACUAAGCUAAUCCUGAUUGUCCUGAUUUCUAAUCGCACCUUCUAGCUAAAGCUCUCACGUUUGUCAAUCCACUUUUCAGAUAGAGAAGGAUGGUCACCUUUUCGAGCGGAUUAAACAGAGACAAACUGUGCGACAGCAGCGACUUAGAGACUACUGUGAGAAGCACGCUUCAAGCAGAAAUCGAAGCGAUCGAUACGACCAUCCUAUAAUUGUUAACGAUGAGUACAAAGUAAUCUUCUGCUAUAUUCCCAAGGUGGCCUGCAGUCAAUGGAAACGUGUCUUUCUUGCUCUUGAUAACCGCACCGAUGUGGAUGAUGUGCAUGAUAACAAACAUUAUAAAUUUCUCUUAUAUGAUUAUUCGGACGAGGAUAUUAAAGUGAGGCUAAAAUCUUACUUUAAGUUUGUAUUUGUUCGCGAACCACUCGAGAGGCUUUUGUCAGCCUACAAUAACAAGUUUGUAAACAACCGAUGGCCUUGGAGAAUAAUUCAAAGUUAUAAAACGAAAAUUUUGGAAAGAUACAAACAAGAGGAACCUAGCUCUAACAGCUCCGACCAGGAUCUUACUUUUAAGAAGUUCAUUUAUUAUGUGAGUGAUGUUGGGUUUGAUCGAGAUGCACACUGGCGAUCGUACGGCCCAAUUUGUCACCCGUGUGAUAUAGAGUACGAUUUCAUCGGUCAUUUUGAGGACAUGCCAGAAGAAGCACCUUAUAUCCUACGGCAAACAGGAAUGGAUCGGGCGGUGACCUUUCCUCCGUUUCUUACCCACAAUACUACAAGUCAACUUCUUAAAAGCUAUGCCCCGAUACCCAAGGAGAAGAUCGCUCAGCUGGGUAAGGCCUUUGAAGAAGACUUUGAAAUGUUUAAUUACGAUUUCCCAGGGCCUCUGUCCGAUCUCAUGCACGAUUAAAAAGCCAGUAUCUAUGGCAAAUACAUAUCUACGAGGAAAGUAAUUCCGAUUUUUAAAUUAGAGGUCUUGGUCGGAAUAGCGUUAACGGGCAGGUAUUACGUUGGCCUAAGAUUUAGCCUGCUUAGCCGGCGCUUAUAAAUGAUAUAGGCGCAAGAAAGAACGGGGUUCUCAAAGGAAGACACGCUCCCUCUUACGUCGCGCGCCCUUUUCUUUUUUGCGCCUAUGUUAUUUACAAGCGUCUGCUACGCAAAGCUCAGUCUCCAGCAUUGGGUGUUUCGAUGCGCCCGCCGAUCCCCACCCGGCUGGAGACUGGGACUCCUGCUAGGGGGUCUCAAUGGGGUUAACCGAUAGGCGUAAAACGGCCAAAAAUUUAGCCGAUAGCCGUAAAAAUUACAAAAAAUUAACCUUUAGCCGUAAAUAGCGUAAAAAAGAGUUAACCGUAAAAGAAAGUGUUCCCUAGGUUUGCUACUUUUAAGGAAGGUACUAAACUCACUUAUGGUUGCGUUUUUUAUUUCCCGGCUAGUGUGACUCCGUACGCACGUUAGGCGAAGCGCCUUUUAGGUGUUAACCAAGACCUAGGCUCCAUUUCCGGCGCUUUCUUGGGGAACUAAUUUUUUCCAUAGCGAAAGUGUGGCUUCUUGCUGGGGAUUAAUAUUUGCAAUUUUCAGGAGGCCGCGCCCUCAAAACACUAGUGAAACAACACGCAGCGAUGUCACUGUUUGUAAAACACGUUGCCGAUAAACAACAUUUCCCUGUUUUUCUCGGACGCUACGGAAGACAUUGCCAUGCCUAGUCCCUGUUCGGCGUCUUCCCACGCAAUCUCGGUCAAGGUAUUUCAGUGGCGAACUCGCUCGGACCACAUGACCCGAAACGCAUUAGCCGCGCUGAAUAAUGCGGCCUACGGACAAGGCAACGGCAAGACAGUCGUUCCGUACAGUCCUUCGCUAUCAUUAAAAACACUGGACACGAGAAUUUUGCUAUUGGCCGUUUUCACACUAGACCUAGAAAUGGAUCAUCCGUCUGAGACUAGCCUGUGUACAGUCGCGCCCUCCCCACAGACACCCCUUCUCCGAUUUUUUUCUGAGGGGAGGGGGCGGCUGUACACAGGCUAUCUGGAACGGAUAAUCCUUUUCUUCAAAAGUCAGGCGGAUUGUUUAUUCAAAAUUAAAACUAUUCCAUUGCCAAAUUAAGACGUAUCACCUAUCUGACGCGAAUCAUCAAACGGAUAACCCGUCUCACACGAAUAAUCCUUCUCUAGUGUGAAAACGGCCAUUUUUGUUAUAAUGUAUGUCGCCCCCCCGGCCUUGAGUUGGGCGUUCGCGUGUCUGCUUUUGCUUUUUCACAAAGAUUAUUUUUAAAUUGACUAUUGACAUUUCUAUGUGUAAAAUAAUAUCAGAAGUGCAAUACUUUAUAAAAAGUACGAUCUAUCAAAUGUUAAAACUUUUCAAAAGAAUAGCUUAUUUCAUCCCGAGAUGAUCAGAAGACAUGGAAGACCUUUAUUUUGAUUUAAAGAUACAAAAAAAUACAGGUUAAUUAAUAUUUAACUUUUUAAAACAAAAGAAGUUAAUUUUUAACUUUUUCGUUAACCGUAACUGGAAAAAAUUAACCGAUAGCCGUAAAAGAGCCAAAAUUUUAGCCGAUAACCGUAAAAGCCACCACCCCAUUGAGACCCUCCUGCUACGCAAGUUACCUGAAAUUGACUCGCUCGUGCAUGGGACCUUUUGACAUACUAAGCCAUAUGGGAAUAAGGGAG